CAGUACACAGUGUGGAUUAGUGACUGCGUUAAUUUGACCGUUACAUUGGUCUGCGUUUGUGCUGUAGUUUGUUAAGGUUGGUCGAGUCAUUCUGAGAGAAACGAAUGAUGAAUCAAAACGAAUCAAGAUAUUUGGACACAACAAGGAUUUAAGGAUAUUACCGAUUUAAAAAGCUCACUGAUUUUGUAAGAGCGAAAUCAUUGUAAAUAGCCAGCAAGACUGCAAUAGGAGUGGGUUUGUUGUGCGCAGUGAAGUUAUCGCUCGAUCUUACCGGCAAAGUCUCUGUGGAUUUGGAAUCAAAUGUCGCGCACUAUACGGACUCCUGAGACUUUUUUACGAUCUUGUUUGCCGUGACCGGUGUAAAGUUGCGGGGUGAGGAUACAAAUGCCGGGGAUCAGUGCAAACGUUCCGCCGUUUGACAGGUGGGAGAUGGAGGAAUACGACCAAUACCAACACUAUUUUUACGAUGACCAUAACCUGGACGAGGAUUUCUUUAAAUCUACCGCGCCAAGCGAGGACAUUUGGAAGAAAUUCGAGCUCGUCCCAACCCCACCCAUGUCGCCUAUCAGGACGCUGGAUGGUACCGGUGGAGCAGCGUAUCCAUCACUAGGGGAAAAGCUAGAGUGGGUUUCCCAGUUCCUGGGACAGGACGAGGAGCACGAUGGACAUUGUAAACUCAGUACAGACAAAACCUUCAGUAACCUAAGUUCUAUCAUCAUCCAAGACUGCAUGUGGAGCGGCUUUUCUGCCAGCCAGCGACUAGAGAAAGUGGUCAGUGAGCGAUUGUCUUGCUCAGGCCAAUCCAAACUGCCUUUCGCCCUGCAGACGGGUCCGACGCACCCCAGCAAGUCGCAGUGUGUCCCUGCGGACGCGCCUGUUCUCAACUGCUUGGCGACAGACUGUGUGGAUCCAGCGGCUGUCCUGACCUUCCCCCUGAGCAACAGCUGCAAGAAACAGGUGUCAUCCGGAUCAGAGUCACGCACCGACUCAUCCGAUGAUGAAGAGAUUGACGUGGUGACAGUGGAGCAUAAACACAAUAAGCCUCGACUGGUGAGUUCCCGUAAGCCUGUAACCAUCACGGUACGUGCCGAUCCCUAUGACCCCGGCAUGAAGCGUUUUCACAUCUCCAUCCACCAGCAGCAGCACAAUUAUGCUGCACCCUCUCCCCAAAGCCACCCUGAUGGAGAUCUGCCUCGCAAGAGGGUCCGUCAGGACACUUCCCACCCACAGACAGGUUCCACACCCCAGGCACUCGAGAGCAAACCCCACUCCCCUGGUUCUGCCAUCUCCAGAUCUGUCACUGCUUCCUCACCCCAUCCCCAAUUCCACCAUGGACCCAAGUCCCAGCCCUCCAGCCCCCAGAGCUCUGACAGUGAGGACUUGGACAGGCGCAAGAAUCACAACUUCCUGGAGCGGAAGAGACGCAAUGAUUUGCGCUCGCGCUUUCUGGCUUUGAGGGAUGAGAUUCCUGGGCUGGUGGACUGUCCAAAGACACCCAAGGUGGUGAUCCUGACCAAGGCUACAGAAUACUUGCGCUUGCUACACACCAAGGACAAGCAGAAGGCCCAGGAGAAGAAGCAUCUUAAAAACAGGCAACAGCAGUUACUUCGCAGGCUAGCAGAACUAAGACGCUCCUAAAACAGCACCUGAGCUGCACAGAGACAGCCCUUUCACAAGAACUGCUUACAAGAGUCCUGUGUUAAUAGAUGUCAAUAUUUAAGAGCAAGGACAUAUGUACUUUAUUUUGAUUUAUAUAUAUUUUUAACAUUCUUUGCACAUUUGAUUCUAGAGGUCUGGGGGUGGGACAUUUUCAGAUUUUCAGACUGAUUGGUUGUUUAUCCUGGUGUGUUAUGGAUUACAUAAACUUCACUAAGUUUCCCAAAGAAGGCCCUGCUAAUUAUUUUUUUUUUAGGUUAAAAAAAAGACAGGCCCAGAGUUCUUUUACAUAUUAAAACAAUCCUAGUUACGGAUAUUCUGUAAUUCUGUAUUGAGUUAGCAUGCCAUUUAGGCAUAAUUGAAAAUGUAGCAAUCAGCCUGUAUGCACAUAUAACCAACAUAGUAAAUCAAUUUUUGUCUGAUUCAUGAAAUAUCUUUUUUAAGAAGCUUAAUGAAACAUUAAAAUGUGUAAUUUCCUGCUAUAUCACUACUAACAUUCAAAAUUGCCUAAUCUCAAAGUGAAGUUUGUGUGCCCAUUGCAAUAUUAUGCCAGGACUGGAGUUUAAAAGACAUAGCAUUAGCAUACACUUAGCAGUCUGUCUACAAAGUUCACAUCUUUGUUUUCUCAGUAAAUAUUAUUUUGGUUAUUUGAGUCAAUGCCUUACACAGCGUUGUAGUGUAUGUUAACUGUGACAUUUGUAAAUAAUAACUCUGCUGUGUUGAUCCAUGUGUAAAGUGUAUUAUAUAUGCUUUCUGUUUUAAUACCAAAAUCAAUGCUGUUGAACUUUUGGUCCAUAUUUUACCCUCAUGUCCUGAAACUUAGUUGGCUUACUCUUAAGCAAAUAUCUUGAAAGCUUUUAUUUUUGUUAAUAAAAGUAAAAACAAAACAAAAAAGUUUAAAAAUAAUAAUAAUACUAUCAAACCUUACUUUUUAUUGCUAGUCACUUUGAUGCUGUGUUCACUGCCUGCUCAUCACUCUUUUUAUUUUUCAGUGAGUGGGGUGUAGAACCCAAAAUGGUCAAAGAAUGCUUAAAAAUCAACUUUUGUACUCUAUUUUCUUACAGACUUUGGUAUUUUUUGGAAUAUUGCUUUUUAUCACUGUUUUUCUUACUUUUGGUUUUGAUUCAGCUGGUGGCAUAUUGUUCUUUAUUUAUCCAAUAUAACCAUUGCACCUUUUCCUAUUGCAUUACAUAUACCAGUUUUGAAUCUUGAAUCGCAUAAAAUUGCCCCUAUGCCAACAUGUCAACCUGCUUUUACAUAUCUACACAUAUCCUUAUGAAAAAGAAAUAGAAUAGACAAGCUAGAAGAUACAAAGCUAUCAUUUGGAUCGACACACUCUCAGUUAACAUGCCUAGAAAAUGAAAUAUUUAUAAUUUGAAACAUUUAAAAUUCCUCCAUCUCUUAUUUUCAAAUAUGAAAGAAGCUCCAGCAUUUUCACCCAACACAGAUGUUAAUGAAAAAGACAGUUUAAGCAACAUUUCCCAAGCAUAUAAUGUAAUCAUGUAGUGUUCAGUUUUUCAUCAAACUUAUUUUUCUGGAAAAUAAGUUAACCAAGUCUUGCCUAAGGUACAGGGAUACACUGUUGCAAAUUAUGUUUAGAGUUGGACUAGUGUUAGUUUGUGUCUGGGAAGCCAGCUGAAAUAGAGCUUACAGUAGAUGUUUGAUGUAGCUCAUCACUGCUUACUCCAGUAAAAACACUUUCUAGCAUUUUAUUUGUGUUUGCUUUAUUGCUGUUCUCUGCAUAGGGCACCAAUCCAGUAGUGUAUUACACUGUCUCAUUUAUUUAACUGAUGAAUAUUCAAGAUUUAAGAAUAGAUGAUGUACAAUUGUUGUAACUUUUACUUUUCUACAUUAUUCAUGUUUCUACAUUAUUUCUUUUGUCCUUUCUUUCAUUCUCAAUCUUUCACUCUACAUCUCUCACUUGGUCUACAUGGUCUUUCGUGGUGGUCACUGUGGGCAUACACUGGGAAUAUAUGGCAGCAGCAUUAAGCACUUUGUGUUCAGUACCUCAUGAGCCCGUAGAAUUCAGACCAUUAAUAAAUUCAAAUCAAAUAA